UGCUCGAUGUGCUCGGCAGGCGUCUUCUUCUGCCUGGCGCGUCUCCUCGCAGCGCCGGCCUAGGCCUGGGCCUAAGCUUGAGCCUGCGAGGCGGGCGAGCUCUCGACAGCGUGAUGCUGCGGGGCCUGGUAGCGGUGCGGAGGGUCCAGCUGCUCCAGCAGCGCCCGCUCCUGAGGGGCCUGUGCAGGAGCGGCGGCCGGGGCCUGUGGAGCCCGCCUUCUCGCCGAGGCUGCUGGCGGCUGGGCGUGGGGCUCGGGCUGGCGCUGACGGCGCUGGCGGCCGCCGCUGUGGGGGAAGACGAGGAGCAGGAGGGUCCGCCGAGGGAAGCGGGCUUCGCCCGGGCCGUUGCCAGCAGCAGAGAUCUUCUUCAGCGGGUGAAGGAUGAAGUGGGAGCCCCUGGAAUAGUAAUAGGAGUUUCUGUAGACGGUAAAGAGGUGUGGUCAGAAGGAAUGGGUUACGCUGAUGUGGAGAACCGUGUUCUCUGCAAGCCAGAGACUGUCCUGCGAAUUGCUAGCAUUAGCAAAUCUCUGACUAUGGUUGCUGUGGCAAAGCUGUGGGAGGAAGGAAGACUGGAUUUAGAUGCUCCAGUGCAGAAAUAUGUUCCAGAAUUUCCUGAAAAAGAAUAUGAAGGUAAAAAGGUCACCAUUACGACAAGGCUGCUCACUUCACAUUUAAGUGGAAUUCGCCACUAUGAAAAAGAUAUCUCCAAAGUAAAGGAAGAGAAAGAAAAGGCCAACAGAGCCCUGAAAGCUGCAAAAGAUACCAAAAAAUCUGACCAGCGAGAGAGUAAAGAUAAAGGCUCUGAAAAGACUGACUCUCCUAAAGCCAAGCCAGAACACGAAAACAAACAUUCCAAAAGUGGAAAGAAAAAAACAGAGUUUGAACAUCAAGAAUAUUACUUGAAAGAAAAAAUUGAUAAUGUGAUUGAUUCACUGGACAUAUUUAAAAAUGAUCCUUUGUUCUUUAAACCAGGUAGUCAGUUUUUGUAUUCGACUCAUGGAUUUACUCUUCUGAGUGCGGUCGUAGAGAGAGCCUCAGGCCAGAAAUUCACAGACUACAUGCUGAAGAUAUUUCGUGACCUAGAUAUGUUGACAACAAGACUGGAUGAUAAUGAGCCACUGAUAUAUAAUAGAUCAAGGUAUUACAUUCACAACAGAAAAGGCCAUCUGGUCAACGCACCGUAUGUGGACAACUCCUACAAGUGGGCUGGUGGCGGAUUUGUCUCCACUGUGGGUGAUCUCCUUAAAUUUGGGAAUGCUAUGCUAUAUGGCUAUCAACUUGGCCAGUUGAAAAACCAUGCCACCAGACUCCUUCCUGGUUAUCUCAAGCCUGGCACCAUAGCAAUGAUGUGGACCGCAGUUCCAAACACAGAGGCAUCCUGGUACAAAGAUGGUACAUAUGGUAUGGCGUGGUUCAUUGUGGAGAAUAAGCAGGAAUAUGGCUUCUGCAGGCGGCAGCAACGCUAUACCUUCCACACUGGUGGGGCAGUGGGUGCAAGCAGUGUCCUGCUCAUUCUUCCUGAAGAAUCAGACUCUGAGGCUGCAAAGGGUGGCCCGCUGAUGCCACCCCACGGUGUGGUGGUCACAAUUAUUUGUAACAUGCAGUCAGUUUCCCUUGACAGCACUGCCUUAAAGAUUGCAAUGGAAUUUGAAAAGGAAAAGUUAGCACAAUACAGUGCUAAAAACAGUGCCUUGCAGGAUUAAGCAACGUUCAAAAAGAAAUGUGGAAAGUUGUGUACGCUGGCAGGUGUCCAUAGUACUGAAAGUAUCCUCUUGCAAAGACAUGCCCCCAUUCUAUGUUGAUUGUGCUGCAUUAGAACUUACCACUCAGGGAAGCAGCCAUGUGGGUCAAGCAAACCCUCGUUAAAGGGGGGAUUUCUCCUGUGCAUGUUGCCAAAAGCACCAGCAAUGAUAACUUUUGCUACUUAAAGGCAAACCUAGAUGCCAAUCACAGUGUGGCACUUCUUUCUCUGCUGCUAAUUGGGUAAAAUUGAAAUGUGCAAAAUAAACAUCUUCCUUGGAAGCCUGUAGGGGGUAGCCUUGCACAUGUGACAACAUCUGCUUAUGCUCUUCAGCAGACUCUUCAUAGUUGUACCUGAAAGACUGAUAGUAAUAGUAAUAGUGAAAACCCAGGAGAUUAUCUCCAGAUAUGCCUUGACUAGGGAGGAACAGAGGUCUAUUCAUGCGGGACUUUGCUGCUGCUAUGCUUGUUUGUGGAUGGCAGGUCUCAAUAAAGGAAAGGAACAAAGAAAAGUAGCAAAGACUGAGCUGCUGAAGGCAGCGAACCCCAUCAGCCCCUGAGAGACAGCUAAGGAGGGCAUGGGCAGGUUGACCUCCCUCCUUGGCUCACUGGGACUGUUAGCAGGGCUCAGUCCUCCACUUCAGGACAGCAAAUUCUGCAGGUAUGAUGGGACUGACUUUACACAACAGUUUCAUCCAAGUCAGAUGUUGCUAUCUAGCUUUUAAAUGCGUUUGGCAUUUUUUAGGAGUUUGCUUGCCAAGUAAUAUUCCUGUAGACUUGAGGGCAGUCUGGAGGGCUUUUUAAAAAAUAGGUUGAAGCCUGCCUCAUGAUAGCAAAGAAUAGUUUGUUUCAGAAUUUGGCAUGGUUGACUUCAGUGAGGAUGUGUGCUCAUAGUAGGCUGCCAACAUUGUGCAGACUUUGGGAGAGGAUUUCAGUUGCUCCCUGUCCUUCAGCAUUUUACUGCAGGUAUUAUUUCCAAAGUGUAGGAGGCAAGGAAGCAUUUUAAAGCUUUAAGAGAUGUUUGCAAUCCAAUACAUGCUUACCUGAGAGUAAGUCUCACUUCUGAGUUGACAUGUAUUAGAUUGCAGCCUCUUUGUCAAAAGCAGCAAUCAUAUGUGCAUUUGCUUAGGAAUAAGCUCUGAUGAAUAAAUGGGACUUGCUUCUGAACAAUCGUGCAUAGAUUCAGGCUGUAUCUGACAACUUUUUUUGCCUGUUCUCCCUUCUAUAAAAGGCCCUGAAAUGCCUUCUCUACCGAUGUUUUAUUAUCCUAGAAUUCCUCUGAAGGAGAUUCUGGUGCACUGCACAGGCAUGCAUAAUCUGUUCUCCACUUUCAAGCAUGCCUGUUAGUAAUAAGAGUGAUAUGCUAGGGCUGAUGGGAGUUGUAGUCCAAAACAUUUUGGGUACCAGCUUGGGAAAGGCUGGUCUAGGUGCUGAACAACUGAACUGUCACAUUUGACUUCUGUUAGGUAGGUAAAAUAGUCCUUCAAGGAUGAGAGAUCACCUUGGUUUUGCAGGUGCACAAUGACCCUAGUAUAAAUUAUGUUAAGCAUUUCUUGCUCUCUUGCUCUAUCCCUUUCUCCAGCAGUCUCCAGUGGUUCUAUUAGUCUAGAAUGUCUAUCUGGACCUUUUUAUUAUUAACUAGCAUUUUUGUAUGCCUAACCAAUAAACACUUUAUGUUAACAAUA